AGGGAACGGGAUCGGGAGCGGGGAGGGGGAACACCUGGAACCGCGGGACGGGGUGAGGGGACCCCGCCGGACCGGCCCCGGGUGCGCCCAUCGCGAGCGCCUCGCCCGUCCCCACACCCGCAGCUCGGCCGCGCUGUCUCUCGCCGCCGCCGCUCCUGCGGCCGGUUUAGGACCCUCUGGCCGAUUCGCGGCCCCGCCUGCCCGCUCGCCCCGUUCCGGGCCGUCGUUCGGGGCGCAGGGCCCGGGCUGCGCGGGGCCAUGUCCGGGCCGGCAGUGUCGGCCCCUCCCGGGGGCGGCCCCACGCACGGCCCCGGUGCGGGGGGCUCGCGAGGCACCGCCGCCGCCCGCGCGCUGAUUUAGGGGUUACUGAGGCGUGUAUUCGCUUCACCGAUUCCGACUCGACUUGGCUGCCUUUGCUGAGAUCGUUAAGGCACGAAUUAUUUCAUGGCGAGGUCAGAAUUUGCCGGCUUAAAAUCAGAUGGUCAGUGACAGGCCUUUAAAGAAAAGGAGCAGCUUUGAAGGUUUCCGAGUGCCAAAACUGACGAGACUUGGAGCUGACGCUGUGGCGUGUGUGCAGCUGCUGCCACUGGUGACACAGAAGUACCUGGUGUGCAUUAGUGACAAAUGCAGUGGCCAGCAAAACUCCCAUGGUCUUUCUCCUCUACAAAGAAGCUUUGUUGCCAAGAUUUACUCUGAAAGUGACCUACAGUACUGACUGCAGAUGUCUGCAAAUGUAGAAGUUGAUAAAUCAUAUCUUCUUCCCUCCUCUGACUUUCCUGUUUCCUAUGGAAUUUAUACUUCUAAAUUUUUUUAAAGUUAGACGUCUGUUGAUGACAUUUGGAUUACAACUGUGACCAUAUCUAUGCAAAGAGAUGAGCUACCCUGAGUACUUUUGAGUUCUGUUCAGUGGAGGUACUGCUGUGGGUCAGCCAUGCUAAAGGGCAAAUGAUGGAGCUCUGAACCGGGUGCUUCAGCAGAUCAGAGUGCCUCCCAAAAUGAAGAGAGGGACCAGCCUGCACAGCAGGUGGGGCAAGGGAGAUGCCCCGAAAGGAAGCCCGCAGAUCAACAGAAGGUCUGCUCAGGAUAUUCAAUCGGGACGGCCCAGAUCAUCAUCCACUACGGAUGCUCCCACAAACUUGUCUGUGAUGGAGAUUGCUUCUUCUAUCUAUGUAGGUGGAGAGGAGGCCACAGCAGCUGCAAUUGAGCGAUUGGAAGUCAGCAGCUUGGCGCAGACCUCCAGUGCCGUGGCCUCCAGCACUGAUGGCAGCAUCAAUGCAGACUCUGUUGAUGGGACCCCAGAUCCGCAGCGGACAAAAGUGGCCAUCACACACCUGCAGCAGAAGAUACUGAAGCUGACAGAGCAGAUCAAAAUUGAGCAAACAGCCCGUGAUGACAACGUGGCAGAGUACCUGAAAUUGGCCAACAAUGCAGAUAAGCAGCAGAGUGCCCGCAUCAAGCAAGUGUUUGAGAAGAAAAAUCAAAAGUCAGCCCAGACCAUCUUGCAGCUGCAGAAGAAACUGGAACAUUAUCAUCGAAAGCUGAGAGAAAUUGAACAAAAUGGGAUCCCUCGGCAGCCAAAGGAUGUCUUCAGGGAUAUGCAUCAGGGUUUGAAAGAUGUUGGAGCAAAAGUCACUGGAUUCAGUGAGGGAGUGGUAGACAGUGUAAAAGGUGGGCUUUCCAGUUUCUCCCAGGCUACACAUUCAGCAGCAGGAGCUGUGGUUUCCAAACCCAGGGAGAUUGCCUCCCUCAUAAGGAACAAGUUUGGGAGUGCAGACAACAUUGCUAAUCUGAAAGACUCCUUAGAAGAAGGCCAAGAAGAUGGGACAGGAGGCAAGGCUCUAGGUGUUAUUCAGAACUUUCAGUCAAGCCCAAAAUAUGGCAGUGAAGAGGAUUGUUCCAGUGCCACGUCAGGCUCCGUGGGAGCCAACAGCACAACAGGGGGCCCUGUGGGAGCUUCCAGCUCCAAAACAAACACUCUGGAUAUGCAGAGCUCAGGGUUUGAUGCAGUACUGCAUGAGAUUCAAGAAAUUCGAGAGACACAGGCAAGACUGGAAGAAUCAUUUGAGGACCUUAAGGUUCGCUACCAGAGGGAUUACACGUUGAUAAUGCAGACCUUGCAGGAGGAGCGGUACAGAUGUGAAAGACUUGAAGAGCAGUUAAAUGACCUGACUGAGCUCCACCAGAACGAGAUCCUCAAUUUAAAACAGGAGCUGGCCAGCAUGGAGGAAAAGAUUGCCUAUCAGUCUUACGAGCGAGCCCGGGACAUCCAGGAGGCACUGGAAGCGUGCCAGACGCGCAUCUCCAAGAUGGAGCUGCAGCAGCAGCAGCAGCAAGUGGUGCAGUUGGAGGGGCUGGAGAAUGCCACGGCCAGGAACCUACUGGGGAAGUUCAUCAACAUUUUGCUGGCUGUCAUGGCUGUCCUCCUCGUUUUUGUCUCCACUGUGGCCAACUGCGUCGUGCCCCUGAUGAAGACUCGCAAUAGGACGUUCAGCACUUUAUUUAUAGUGGUUUUCAUUGCCUUUUUGUGGAAGCACUGGGAUGCCAUCACCGGCUACUUGGAACGAUUCUUGUCUCCCCCCAGAUGAUGGUGGCAGGAAUGGGCUGUGCCGCUCCCUCCUCGCGCUCUUGGUGAGCAAGUGUGGCAAAGAUUAGUCAGCAACUACUCCGCUGAAGUUUUAAAGUGUCCGAGUGAAUUUGUUUACAUUUAGAAUAACGUUUUUUCUCUGCAAGAUGCAUUGCAAUAGUAUUUUUUAGAUUUUAUUCAAGAACUCUUUUGGUGAGAAUCCUGGAUAAUUUUUAUGUAGCAUGGUUCUCUUUGGAUGCAAAUCUUAAGAUUCUUUAAAGUGUAUAAAAGAAAUUAAUAAAAUACAGAAAUUUGGAGCAUACCAAUGGGCAAUUUAAAUUGUGGCUUGAACUACUGUACUAAACCUGUCAGGAAGAAGAGAACGUGGUUAGCUUAAGAUGAGCAAAGCUCAGUCUAGUGCACAGCCUUGAAUGAUGGUACCACAGCAAACCUGAAACACUAAACUUUUACUGUGAAGUCUGCCCACAUUCCAUGUCCGAGUGUAUGCGUUGAGUGGUUUCUUUCCUUAACAAGAGAAAAUCGACAACGUGUGGAUCCCUCUCCCUGCUCAGCAUCUGGGUUUGCCAUUUGUGCUAACCUGACUUCAGUAACUUUCUGUAAGGCUGGCUAACUUGUCUGAGUGUAUGGAGUGGAAGCCUCAUGCCAUACACAGUAACUGCACAGUCAUGCUACAGUAUUUUGAAGUAGUCCUUGAAGUACUUAUCUUUAAGCAGAAGCCCUUGGUCGCACUUUUAAGGUUUUUUUAAUAUAUGUAUAUUCACAGAUUUAAAAAAAAAUCCGAACAGCAUACUUGAAGAGUGUAAUACUCAAACUCUCAGUGCUUCCUUAUUGUUUCUAAUAGGAUUUUUUAUUAUUAUUAUUAUUAUUAUUAUUAUUGGGGCUUUUUUUGGAAGGGGUUGGGAGGGUCAUUACUUUUUUUUCUUUCAAAUAAAGAAGUGAUGUUUUUAAAUGAAGAAAUGCGUGAAUAAUUGUGAGCCGUCUUGUCCUGAAGCAGUUCUGAGGAGGGCAGAGAAUAGUUUCUAGUGUCAGCCUGUAGAACCCAGCACUGUCCAUAUGCCAUUUGUCUGUCCUCCUGAGCAUAAAGAUGCAGCAUCAUGGAAAACAUCUGUCUUCUCCACACCUUUUCGUCAUGCAGGGGUUUUUUUUCUUUUUCCACGUGUGAAGGAUUGUAUGUUUAUAUUUUUUGUUUGCAUGUCAUCUCUCAUUCCUGGCCUAAGGAUAAGAGCAAGGAAUUUCUGUUCAUCUCUUCCUAGGGAAAAGACAGGUUCUUUUGAGGAAAGAAAUAGUGACUCAACAGUCCACUUAACAGAAUGGUUAUCUCAAAAAUAGUUUGAAUUGAAAAAGAGAAAACAUGAAAAAUGAAACCAAAGUUUUCCUUCUGUCAGGGUCUGGUAAGAUUAUUUGUGUGUCUGUGGUGUGUCAUCCUCUUUUUCAGCCACAGGGGCCAGCAGACACCUUUGCAAAUCUCUAAAGGAAAUGUCAGCUUCAAAUGUAACCCCAAGUCCUCACAAUGUGCCAUUGCUGGUGACCUGUUGGUACAGGCAGGCAGCCCUCAAGUCCAGGCAAUCUGCGUUCAUUCUGUGCUGGUUUUUAACUGCUGUCCCUUUAACCAUAACAGUGCCAAGAUUCAUCCUUUGUCUUCAUGAAAUCUAAAAAACCUCUAGGAUUCUGUCAAAACCAUUUAUGGUGUUUAGUUAGGUCUUUAGCUGUUUUCUUUCCUUCCAGGAUCAACUUCCUUCUAGUAAUCAGAUGUUGCCCAAGUGACCUAAACUAUGAAAUCAUACAUAGGCAUGUAUGAGACACGUACAGUGGAUAUAUACUCACACACAGGCAUUGUGCUAUGAUGCAGAUUCUGGGUUCUGAGAAAGUCCCCAGACAAGGUUAAUACCUUGCGUAUUUUCUCAUUGCCAGCAAAUGCAAGCCCUCCACUGUCCAAUCUUUCUUCCUCCAAGGGUUCUUUUCCUCUGUAGUCACAGGAAACUCAGUGCCCUUCCCCCAGGGAUCCCAGUACACCUCUCUGUCACCAUGUGCACUAAUCUGUUCCUGUCCUAAUUAAAACACAGAUUGCCAUUUGCAGCUGACUCAAGCCAAAAACUGCUUGUGCUUUCUGCAGUGCCACAGCCAGAGUAGAGGUGUGCAGCCAUUCCCUCCCUUGCUCCUGGCUCCAGCAAGGCUCUUCUCUAGUGACUCACAUUCCUUGGUUAACUAUCAGGUUCCCAUUAUGCAGGUUUUGUCAGAAACAAAUGUGUGAAUAACAGUAAGAACUGAUUUGGCACAUAACUGAAAUGCUUUGUCGUCUUUUUUUCUGAAACCUGGCCUUUGUAGCUCUUUUCCUGAGUUUUGUUCACACUAGAAUUGCUUAAGGUAGGUUUUUAUGUGGUCAGAUCAGGAAGGAGUUAAAAGCCAGUGGCUCUGGACACUCAGUGUCUGUAGUAUUUAAGGAAGUGUUUGUCCCUCUUCUUUACAUCUUAAUUUCAUUUAUUGUCUCAACUCUGUCAUACUUGGUAAAUACCAUUUGUUAGCUUGCCAGAAGGGGCAGGCUUAAUAGACAUCUCGGAACUCUUUGGUGAAGGCCAUGUACAUAUGGGUCUGGACAAAGCGUCUGUCUCUUUCUCU